AUGGCUUCUUCAAGUCAGUCUUCGCCCCAACAAACAUCCACCACCACGGGUAGUCCAACCGCUCCCGCUGCAAGCUCCUCGACUCCUACAACAAGCUCUAACAAUACUUCUACAGAGCCGGCAUCAAGGACAGUCGGCCAACACAAACAUGACGACUCAAAUAGUGCCCACGAACGAUUUGAUCAAACCGUAAUCUACGUGGGCGAUUGGAUCGGAAAACUCGACCACCCAGAUCAGUUUCAUUGCCCAAGUCCUAAGCACACCACCGACUCCACCCAAAUAUGA